AUGGAUCCUGUGCGACCACCCUUCAGAGGUCCCACCCCUGUGCGCCCUUCUCAGUGUGUGCGGAUGCCAUGCCCUUGGCCACAGUCCCCCAAAUCUUUGGACUCAGCUGUGGGCAGGGCUGGACCUACAGGCCGAGGCCAUGUAUUUGGAAAACCCAGGGAAUCAAGUCCGCAGAGUGGGCCAGCAAGCAAGGAACCUGUUGGUUUGGUUUCCAUGUUCCGAGGUCUGGGCCUUGAAGCAGCAUCCCGUAUUCCUCUGAAGCAGGAAAUGCCUCAUUUAGGCAGAGGCAUUUUAGGUCGAGGAUUACCUACCACUGUGGUGCAUAAGGACAAAGAAGAACCCUAUUCCACAGGAUUUCCAGAUUCUUCUGUGUUGGCAGCUGGGGAUAGCAAGAUGGCAGAGGCCUCCAUUGGUUGGAGUAGAGUCAUUGGUAGAGGUAAUUCAGAUGGAUCGUUAUUAUCAGUGGGAAGAGCAGCUGGUGGUAUAGGCAGAGGAGUAUAUAAGGCUCCCAAGGCUCUUGGCCUGACUUCUCAGGAUCCUACCCAGCUAUCGUCACCACCACCUCUUCCUCAGACCUCACUGCAAUCUGUGGAUCGCUCUCCACUUGGAAUUGGAACCGUAGAACACAAGGAAAAAGAGAUUUUUGUGAAGCAAGGAUCAAAAGGAACACCUCAAUCUUUGGGACUGAAUCUUAUCAAAAUACAGUGUCACAAUGAAGCAGUUUAUCAAUAUCAUGUGACUUUCAGUCCCAGUGUGGAAUGCAAAAGCAUGAGGUUUGGCAUGUUGAGAGAUCAUCAAGCUGUCACUGGAAAUGUCACUGCUUUUGAUGGAUCCAUUCUCUAUCUGCCUGUUAAGCUUCAACAAAUUCUUGAGUUAAAAAGCCAGAGGAAAACUGAUGGUGCUGAGAUCAGCAUUAAGAUUCAGUUGACAAAGAUUCUGGAGCCCUGUUCUGACUUAUGCAUUCCCUUCUACAAUGUGGUUUUCCGUCGGGUAAUGAAACUUUUAGAUAUGAAACUUGUAGGGAGAAACUUCUAUGACCCUACAAGUGCUAUGGUACUACAGCAACAUAGAUUGCAGAUUUGGCCAGGUUAUGCAGCUAGCAUCCGGAGGACAGAUGGAGGUCUUUUCCUGCUAGCUGAUGUUUCCCAUAAGGUCAUUAGGAAUGACUCUGUCCUGGAUGUCAUGCAUGCCAUGUAUCAGCAGAGCAAAGAAAGCUUCCAGGAUGAAUGCACUAAACUUCUGGUUGGCAAUAUUGUUAUAACCCGAUACAACAAUCGUACUUAUCGUAUUGAUGAUGUGGAUUGGAAUAAGACUCCAAAAGAUAGUUUCACAAUGUCUGAUGGGAAGGAGAUCACAUUCUUGGAAUACUACAGCAAAAACUAUGGGAUCACAAUUAAGGAAGAGGACCAACCACUUCUGAUCCAUAGGCCAAGUGAAAGACAGAAUAACCAAGGGAUGUUGCUUAAAGGUGAAAUCUUACUGCUACCUGAGCUUUCCUUCAUGACUGGAAUUCCUGAAAAGAUGAAGAAGGACUUCAGAGCCAUGAAGGAUUUGACCCAGCAGAUCAACCUAAGUCCUCGACAGCACCACAGUGCUCUGGAAUGCUUACUCCAGAGAAUUUCAAAGAAUGAAAUGGCAACCAAUGAACUGACACGUUGGGGACUCUGUCUGCAGAAAGAUGUACAUAAGAUUGAAGGACGUGUUCUGCCAAUGGAAAGAAUUAAUUUACGAAAUACUUCAUUUAUCACAUCUCAGGAACUAAAUUGGGUUAAGGAAGUAACCAGAGAACUUUCUAUCUUGACGGUCCCCAUGCAUUUUUGGGCAUUGUUUUAUCCAAAGAGAGCAAUGGAUCAGGCCCGAGAGCUUGUUAACAUGUUAGAGAAGAUAGCUGGCCCCAUUGGCAUGCGCAUGAGUCCACCAGCCUGGGUUGAACUAAAGGAUGACCGAACAGAGACCUAUAUCAGAACCAUUCAAUCCAUGCUGGGAGUUGAGGGGAAGAUACAGAUGGUUGUUUGUAUCAUCAUGGGCACACGUGACGAUCUCUAUGGGGCCAUUAAAAAGCUGUGCUGUGUGCAGAGUCCUGUGCCUUCUCAGGUCAUCAACGUCAGAACCAUUAGUCAGCCUGCCAGGCUUAGGAGUGUGGCCCAGAAAAUUUUACUUCAGAUUAACUGUAAAUUGGGUGGUGAGCUCUGGGGAGUAGAUAUUCCCCUGAAACAAUUAAUGGUGAUUGGGAUGGAUGUUUACCAUGACCCCAGCCGAGGCAUGCGGUCUGUGGUUGGCUUUGUUGCAAGUAUUAAUCUCACCCUCACAAAAUGGUAUUCACGAGUGGUAUUCCAGAUGCCUCAUCAGGAGAUUGUGGAUAGCCUGAAACUCUGCCUGGUGGGCUCCUUAAAAAAGUUUUAUGAGGUGAACCACUGUCUCCCCGAGAAGAUUGUGGUGUACCGUGAUGGAGUGUCUGACGGCCAACUUAAGACAGUUGCCAACUAUGAGAUUCCUCAACUACAGAAGUGUUUUGAAGCUUUUGAGAAUUACCAGCCCAAGAUGGUAGUAUUUGUCGUGCAGAAGAAAAUCAGCACCAAUCUGUACCUGGCUGCUGCGGAACACUUUGUGACUCCCUCCCCUGGAACGGUGGUAGAUCAUACAAUAACAAGCUGUGAGUGGGUGGAUUUCUACCUUCUUGCCCAUCAUGUACGGCAGGGUUGUGGCAUUCCUACUCAUUAUGUCUGUGUUCUUAAUACUGCAAACCUGAGCCCUGAUCAUAUGCAGAGGUUGACUUUCAAACUGUGCCACAUGUACUGGAAUUGGCCUGGUACCAUUAGAGUUCCAGCUCCGUGCAAGUAUGCCCACAAGCUAGCUUUCCUAUCAGGACAAAUCUUGCAUCAUGAACCAGCCAUCCAGCUGUGUGAGAACCUGUUCUUCUUGUGA